AGGCGGCUGAUGUUAGUUUGAUGUUCGGGUGGAACCAGCUAGUGGAACCCCCGCCCCCCUCGCCACUACACACAGAAAACACGCACACGCGUGUUCCUGCGGCCGGAAGUUGAGUCGCGCAAACCGAAAGAGGCCAGAAGCUGUUUGGCGGGUUCCUUAAAUAAGCCACCUAAAGGAACACACAAGCGUGUGCAGAACUUGCCAAGUGACGUCCCGCUGAGCUCCCGGUGGCGGCCAGGAUGAUUCUAGCGACAUUAAAGGGCGUCGGGAAGCAGCUCCUGCGGGUGAAAGUCGUCGACUGCAGCGCCGACGACUCCCGCUUGUCUCGGUGCCUCAACACGUUUGACCUCGUGGCCCUGGGGGUCGGCAGUACGCUGGGCGCCGGGGUCUACGUCCUCGCCGGCGCCGUGGCCCGGGACGGCUCCGGACCCGCCAUCGUCCUCUCCUUCCUCAUCGCCGCCUUCGCCUCGGUCCUGGCAGGCCUGUGCUACGCCGAGUUCGGCGCCCGGGUCCCCAAAACCGGCUCUGCUUACCUCUACAGCUACGUGACUGUGGGGGAACUGUGGGCCUUCAUCACAGGCUGGAACCUCAUCCUGUCUUACGUCAUCGGGACUUCGAGUGUGGCCCGGGCGUGGAGCGCGACCUUCGAUGAGCUCAUCGGAGGGCACAUUGAGAUGUUCUGCAGACGUCACAUGACCAUGAACGCCCCAGGCAUCCUGGCAGACUAUCCAGACAUAUUUGCCGUCUUUAUAAUAAUCUCUCUGACAGGACUGCUUAUAUUUGGAGUGAAGGAGUCGGCCUGGGUUAAUAAAGUGUUCACCUGCAUCAAUGUGCUGGUGCUGCUGUUUAUGAUCAUCUCUGGCUUGGUCAAAGGAAACCUACGAAACUGGAACUUGAAACCUGAGGAAAUCCUCAAUGCCACCAGCAACUCUAGCCUCAAUGCGUCCGUUUCCACACCAUUAAAAGCACGCAUCGGCGAAGGCGGCUUCAUGCCCUUCGGCAUUAGUGGCGUCCUCUCCGGCGCCGCCACCUGUUUCUAUGCAUUUAUAGGCUUCGACUGCAUUGCCACCACAGGAGAAGAAGUGAAGAAUCCUCAGAGGGCCAUUCCCAUCGGGAUCGUGGCCUCGCUCCUUAUUUGCCUCGUGGCGUACGUCGGUGUGUCCGCGGCCCUCACUCUGAUGAUGCCUUACUACUUGCUGGAUGAGAACAGCCCUCUACCAGUGGCCUUCAAGCACGUGGGCUGGGAGGAAGCCACUUACGCAGUCGCUAUUGGAUCUUUAUGUGCCUUGUCGACCAGUUUACUCGGCUCCAUGUUCCCAAUGCCCAGAGUGAUCUGGGCCAUGGCAGAAGAUGGCUUGCUCUUCAAAUGUUUGGCCGAAAUCAGCCCACGAACCAAAACCCCUCUAACAGCUACAGUAACAUCAGGCGUGGCGGCAGCUGUGAUGGCUUUCCUGUUUGACCUGAAGGAUCUGGUGGACCUCAUGUCCAUCGGCACGUUGCUGGCCUACUCUUUGGUGGCGGCCUGUGUGCUGGUCCUCAGGUACCAGCCUGAACAGCCCAGUGUGGCCUAUGAGAUGGCCAACACCCAGGACAGGACCGAAAUGGCUGAGACUUGCAAUGAGGGGAACAUCCACAUACUGCCACAACCGGACGAUCGCUUCACCAUCAGGAAUUUACUUUGGCCUUCAAACAGCGAGCCGUCCCCCCUGUCCGGGUUUUCGGUCAACAUUUGCACCAGCGUAAUCGGUGUUUUGGUGUGUGUCUUCAGCGUCGUAGCUGUCCAAGGACGCCUGGCAGUGUGGUCGGUGACUGUCCUCUGUAUCGUGGCGGCGGCCUGUUUGGUCGUCACCUUCAUUGUGUGGAGACAGCCGCAGAGCAAGACCAAGCUGGCCUUUAAGGUUCCCCUGCUGCCCUUUGUCCCGAUUAUCAGUAUGUUCAUAAACAUCUAUCUGAUGAUGCAGCUCGACAGAGGAACCUGGAUGCGCUUUGCCAUCUGGAUGGCGUUAGGUUUCUCCAUAUACUUCGGCUAUGGUAUUCGCAACAGUACAGAAGCGGCGUUGAGCAGGUCCGACACCUACGCGCCAACCUGCGCAAUAAAGGGGGAGCCCAUGGCCAAAGAGAGGGAAGCCUUUCUACACCACAAACAAACUUCCACAGGAGACAACGAUGAAGAUUCAUGAGGAGACGGGAGUUUUAUUACCAGAUUGUUUUUGAAAAGGCCGAUUACAUCUCAAACCCAAUAUUUUAUUUCAGACGUAUGGAUUUUCUAGCUGAAAAGUAGGUUUGCACUCUGAUAUAUGAAUUAAAUAUGAAUUUUUGCUGAACCAAAUCAACCAAAGAAACAUUUUUAGAGACUUCACUCAAACUACUUGGUUCCUUAUAACAUCAGUGUAUCAGAAUUAUUUUUCAUUAUUUCUGUUAUUAUAUCUGACCUUUUUUGGGGGGGGUCGCUCAACAUUUUUGUGUUGCCAAAAGCGUUCAGAUCAAAAUAAGGCUCAGCAGAUAUGCAUGCGUUUGGACGAUUUUCUACGUCCAGGACGAGUUACUCGCCUUGCAACUUUUACAUUCGGCACAGUGCCGGCGACCGUGCCAACGUCAAAUUGGAGAUUAUUUUUUUUAAUCCAGGUGGCACUCGGAAACACUACUACAUUCAUCCAGGAAAAAUAAGCACAAAGUUAAUGAUCCCUUUUUAGGAAUUUGCCAGUCAGCAAAUAAUGCUUUUCAAACUAAGCUGGGAAUUUCCCAGUAUCUUGAUUGAAAGAAAGCACAAUUCUGCAGGUAUUACACUUGUUUCAUCUCCGAGCUCUGAAACAUGGUACAGUACUUUGAUUAGUGCAUCUCAGGGCAUCUAAGAUUAAAUAGAGCAGUGUUGUCUCAAUCAAGGAACGCCAUUUUCUUAUACCAGCCAAAGAGAAGAGACCAUCCUAAUGUGGAAUGAUUUAUUAAACGCAACAGAGGAGGUCUUUUAGGUGUCUACUUCUCAAGCGAAUGUUAAGUCUUUGAAAGGUGGGAUAUUGCUCUAUCAACACCUAGAAUUUUGAAAAGUAUAUAUUAUCUGCAUAUAGUGUAUACUUUGAUGUUUGGAGAGCAUAUAUUUAUAAGGCCAAACAGAAAUUUUCACCUUUUGCCAUUUUAUGUUUCACUUGAGGAAAAACGUUUAAUUUUAUUUUUAUUAUUGUUUUUAGUUAUUUUAGAUUCCUUACCAAUGGAAAUGAAAUGGCGUGCAAAUGUCAAAUACGACAUGGCUUUGUGUAUAAACAGUUUUUAUGAAACUUUGCUGUAUUUGAGAUUAUGAAGCAACAUUGACAAAUAAGAUUGUGCUGCAGAAAGUUACCAUUUUCUGGCGCAGCUGGCUUUUAUCUAAACUGUUCACUAAAUGUUGUAAAUCAGUGGGACAUUAUCAAACAUUCGAGUUUCACUUUCCGUCCUUGGUCUAUUCUUGCAAGUGUUACUUAAAGUAAAUAAUGAACUAAUUGUACCUGUGGCUGUUCACACCGUAGAUGGAAUACCUGUUUGAAUGUACAGCAGUCAGGAAUCAUUCAUUUAGUGAGACUCCUCUUCCUUUGAGUUGGAUGGUUCAUCUGAAUAAGUCGCAUAGGGUUUUUUUAAACAUUUGCAUGCUGCACUAUGUAAAAACUUAAUGAUGCUUAAAAGAUAUUUAGAUAAUUUUUUUAAGUUUUAAAGGUGUUUACGGUGCACUGGAAUGGUGACGCACGCUUGUCCAGCAAGUGUUGUCUUUGUAUUGGUUGCGGUUUGUAUUGUUACUGCUGUAAAAUAUUUGAAUUAAAUUUCAAUAAAAUGUGAAAAUAUACACACAGA